AUGCAAUCAUUUACUCUUGAGCCUUUUCCAACAAGAGGGCAAAUUCAUAUUUUACUUUAUAAAAACGUAUCAAAUGCAGCGGAAUUACGUAAACGUCUAUUAUCUCACGAUCAAGAAUUAUCUUACGCCUUUAUAGACGCUAAAAUGGUACUGGAUAAGUUUCAAUUGCUAGUAGCUACAAAUGACGCAGUACAACAUGAAUUAAAUUCUUCGCUUAAGACUCAUAAUGUACAUUCUGAAAUUGUUUAUAGUCUUUCUCCAACAACAAACAUAAGUGAAUCAUUACGAAGAUUUGGUAUUUCCGAUUCUUCGACUUCAAUCGUUGUCGUUAAAGUUGGAGGAAAUAGUGAAGAGGCGAGAUCUCAUUUAUCUACAUUAAUUCAUGGAGAGGAAUGUGAUAUCAAAGAUUUUUCAAAUUUUGUAGAUAUUUCAAGAAUUAAAAAGUAUUAUAAGAUUGAUGAUAAAAUUAAUGAUCAAAAUGAGAUGCUUGAUAUAAUUGUUGGUUCUAUCGCUAUUAAAAGUGUAAGUUAA